UUAAAGCCCUUUUAACAUAACAUGGUAAAAUGACAUAAAACCUUUAUGACUGCUAAAUAAAGACACCAGUUAGUCUACAGCCAUGCUAGCACAGUGGUGAUCUGAGCUAAAGGCUAAAGUCACCAUGCUCCUCACAAUGACAAUGCAAACAUGCUGAUAUCAGCAGGAAUAUUGUCACCUUAUUUGCAUUAUGAACACAAAGUACAGCUGAUGAUGAUGGGAAAGUUUUGCAGAUCUUUGAAUUUAAAAUUUUAACCAGAUGAUGGCGCUGGAUGAAAAGUCAGAGGAUCAUUGAAUUGAUUACAAUUCCUUCUGAGGGGAACAUGAGUAUUUUGUGCCAAUCCAUCCUGUAAAUGUUGAGAUAUUUCACUGAAUAGUAAGUGAAAACGUGUCACCCAAAGUCAUUAGGAUUAAUCAUCUACAUACCAACUCUCUGUGCAAAAUCUUACACCAAUCCAUCAAAUAGUUGUUUAAGUGAAUAACCGAACAACCGGCUGACCACUUGAGGAUAUUGCUAUUCCUAGAGCCAUUUCAGCUUGCAUGGCUAAAAAUAAAACAUCAAAUAAAAGACUUGUGUUUUAAAUUAGACACUGAUUAGGCCGGACUAAGUUUAAUAACAGCUUUAUGUUACUUGACUUGUGUCCAAUUUCUUGUUGAUUUAAUAUGGGCUGCUGUCAGUCAGAAAUGGGAAUUUACUCUGGGUUUUUGAAGGCACCAUUUGCGAAGUUCUUGUGUCAUAAAAUCUUGUUAUGGGAAUUGUAGUUUUAUGUCAUGCAGACACAGGGCCACACAGAAAUGCCUGAGUGUAGACUUCAUAAUUGUGUCUAAAAUAACCACAGACAGAUUUAUAGUUGGAGGUCAGUUUUCAUUUGCCAUUUCUUAUUUUCCCCUGUUUUAAAUUUGUGGACAAUUCUGCACAAGCCAAUUGUUUUAAUAUAAAAAUACAUGAUGACCACAAAGCAGUUAGAGGCGACAUGAAAAAAUAGUAACCACAUGUUUGCGGUCUCAUCCCAGAGUGUAAAUUAUGAUCUUAACUACCACAUUUUUUUUUUAACAUAAUAGUUUUGGCCACAGCUAUGUCAAAGCUCAUGUGCACCCAUGAGUGCAAACAUGUACAGUAUGUUUAAGUAAGAGUGAGGGGUUAAGAGGUUGACAUUUUGGGGCAAGGAAGGUUGUUGGGGGCAGAAAAAGUAGUCGAAGAUUGAAUUUCGGCCCGACAGCAUUCCUGGGGGGCGUUCUGAGCGUGAGAGAGAGCACAAGGGAAGACAGUGAGUGACCUACAAACAAGCUUAACUGCCUUAACUUCACCCGCUCUGCACAUUAACACCCCAACAGCCCCUGAAGGAGCCACACUGCUCCCUCUGCUGCCUCCCCUCCCCUCCCAAACACGACCCACGAAGGUUGGACGAUAUGGAGGAGUAGGAGGGGUUGUCUUGACAUCAUGAUAAGGGAAUUGAUACACAAACUGUCUCAGAGGAAGAGAAGGUUCAGCCUAAAAGGCACCCUGAGGUGAAGGUACAAUAGGAGAGUCAUGGUCACUCUGUGGAUGUGUUAGUUAGAAUAGGCAGCUCUGGCCGGCAGACAGAGCAAAGAGACAAAAAGAGUGAUUCAACAGAGAGGAAAAAAAUCAAAUAUUGAGAGAUGGAUAGUCAAGACAAGGGAGGAGGAGGAGGAGGACGAGGAGGAGAGCAGACAAAAGAAAAACAGAAAUCUGAGGAGGUUGGUGAUGAAGACAAGCAGACCAAAGACAAGCUGGAGAAGGAGAGCAGUAAGAAGGAGCCGAGAGGAGAGAUCAGUAGGGAGAACCGUCGCUGCAGGAGUGGCUGGGCUCUGACUGAACGCCUGGCCAUCAAUGUGUCAGGAAUGCGUUACGAGACCCAGCUCCGCACUCUCGCUCAGUUCCCCGACUCCCUGCUGGGUGACCCCCGGCGGCGUCUUCGCUACUUCGACCCCCUGCGGAACGAACUCUUCCUGGACAGGAGCCGUGUGGUCUUUGAUGCCAUCCUGUACUUCUACCAGUCAGGCGGGAGGCUGCGGAGGCCUGUCAACGUCCCUCUGGACAUGUUCCUGGAGGAGCUACGCUUCUACGAGCUCAGCGAGGAGAUCAUUGACCGUUACAAAGCAGAUGAAGGCUUCCCCAAGGAGGAGGAGAGUCCCUUACCCACCAAUGAUUUGCAGCGUCGCCUGUGGAUGCUGUUUGAGUAUCCGGAGUCCUCCGGUGGAGCUCGGAUUAUCGCCAUCAUCAGCGUCAUGGUCAUUGUGAUCUCCAUUCUCAUCUUCUGCCUGGAGACCCUCCCUGAGUUCAGGCAUGAGAAGGAACAGAGGGAGCAAUUCACCACCAUACCUCACCCGACCAUAGCAAACGAAACCAUCUUGAUCCCACCUGGCUUCACUCCCUUCCAGGACCCUUUCUUCAUCGUGGAGACAAUUUGCAUCCUUUGGUUCUCCUUUGAACUCAUCAUGCGUUUAAUCUGUGCUCCAAACAAGGUGCACUUCUUCAAAGAUGUCAUGAACACCAUCGACUUCUUCGCCAUCAUUCCCUAUUUCGUCACACUGGGCACUGAGCUGGCCAAGGACAAAGGCGCACAACCAUCCGUGUCCCUGGCCCUCAUCAGGGUCAUCAGGCUGGUGAGGGUCUUCAGGAUCUUCAAGCUCUCUCGUCACUCCAAGGGCCUCCAGAUCCUGGGCCAGACGCUGAAGGCCAGCCUCAGAGAGCUUGCCCUGCUCAUUUUCUUCCUCUUCAUUGGAGUUAUACUCUUUUCUAGUGCAGCCUACUUUGCCGAGGUGGACAGUUCUGACACAGCAUUCACCAGCAUCCCUGAAGCGUUCUGGUGGGCUGUGGUUACAAUGACGACGGUCGGCUACGGGGACAUGUACCCGGUGACGGUCGGUGGAAAGCUGGUGGGCUCCAUGUGCGCCAUCGCCGGCGUCCUCACCAUCUCUUUGCCAGUGCCCGUCAUCGUGUCCAAUUUCAGCUAUUUCUACCACCGGGAGACAGAGUGUGAGGACACUACCCAGUAUCACCAUGUCGCCACAUCGCUCUGGGAAAAGGAGGGAGGGGACGAUGAAGAGGAGGAAGAUGAGGAAGGAGCAGACGAGGGGCAUGAAUACAUGGAAGAUAAUGCCCCCCUGUACUGGCAGAACAACAGAGGUAUCUGCGCUCCACUCAAUGGGACUCUCCUGGCAGGGCUUUGUGCCGGACGGCCCCCUAGUGAUCUGAGAGGGUUAAACUUCUACCUUAAAGAACCUCUGGUAACUCAGGUUUGACAGAGAACAGGAUGGACUGAGGGUUUUCAGAUUAACACUGCCUCAUAUCAAGAAAUGGACAGUAACAAGAUGGAAAGAUGCUGUUUAACUGGAUAGCAGAGUGAUGCAGGAGCAAACACACAAUAUGCACACAAAGACUUGCACUGACAUAAGCCCUAAUUUGUGCCUUUCAUGUGAUACAUGAACACUGAGGCUUUUGCAUGAUUGUAUUUGACUCACAGAAGCAUCUGUUUUCCUCAAUAAAAUAAAAUAAAAGCUAAUCUUUGAAAAAUCCUGCAGGUCAAAAAAGGUGAAAAAUAUGCUGCACAAUAAAGUAAAUUUUAAGUGUUUUCGCAACUCUUUUUAAACCACAUAUACAGUGGGUACGGAAAGUAUUCAGACCCCUU